UCUAGCUAGCUAGCUCGUCCUCCCUCACCUCUCUUCUUCCCCUCUCCUCCUCUUCCAGCCCCUUCCCUUCCCUGGACAUGGAUGCUUAGCUCUACCUGACAUAGAACAAGAAAGGAGCAGUAAAAGUAGAAGUAAGAUUUAGAUCCGCAUUAACACUAGCUAGUAGUGCCGGCCACUACUAGAGCAGGGACCUCUAGCUGUCCAUCCACUGAUCCACAUUAGUUUACUGGUUGGUUUGGUUUGCUACUGAAGCUUCGAACUAUUUGAGAGAUGACCCAACCAUCCACCGUUAUCAUCACCAUCAUCAUCAUUGAGUAUCCCACCAAGAACCGCCAGUAUCAAACCCUACUGCCCAUCGGCCGCCACAUGCAUCCAGCCGCGUCGUCUUUUGGCGAGUACUUCCAGUUCUUCCCCGCCGAGAUGUACCACCACCAGCAGCUGCUGCUGCAAGAGGAGGGGACCCUGGAAGCGGUGCUCUGGCAGCCGGUGACCGCUCCAGCUCCGGCGGAGCGGGGGGAGCCGGGGAAUAAUGGGGCGCCGGGGCCAGGGGGUGCAGUCGUUGGGGCGGCGCGGAAGAGGCCGUUCCGGACGGACCGGCACAGCAAGAUCCGCACGGCGCAGGGGGUGCGCGACCGUCGGAUGCGGCUGUCCGUCGGCGUGGCGCGCGAGUUCUUCGCGCUGCAGGACCUCCUCGGCUUCGACAAGGCCAGCAAGACGGUGGAGUGGCUCCUCACGCAGUCCAAGCCGGCCAUCGACCGGCUUGCCGACGCCACCCAGGGGGGCGCUGCUGCCGCCGCUGCAGGACCGUCGAAGGAGAAAGGGGAGGGGGCGACCUCCUCCGGCACCGGCUUCUUCGAGGAUGCGAGGGAGGAAGAGCAGGACGUCAGAGAUCUGAUGAAAGGCAUCGGCGGCGAAGGUGAGCUUGACUGGUUCAUGUCGGAGCCGGCGGCGAUAGGACAGCCGAUGGAAGGAUUGGACUAAUUAAUGAGAGCUGCAAUAACGGCGGAGUACUAAUUCUAAUUACUCAAGGUGAUUUCUUGUAUAUAUGCAGCUGCAUGACAUAUUGGUAUGCAAACUUUGUGUCCAAACGGUGAGAUUAAUUGAGUUCUUGCAAAUCUUAUGUUCAUGCUGGGUGUGUUCCACUAACUUUGCCAACUAUAUUUUGCUGAUGUGCUAAUUUUGAGGUUCUCUUGGAGCUGUUCUGUGUUUUCCAGUGCUACAUGGGAAUAUCAUCCUUAAGAGGUCACAUACAGUUUUGAUCGGAAGGUUUGGGCAAUCAAUUUCAGGUGAAAUUCUUGAACCAUCCUAGUAACAGCUAGCUAGUGCAAACUAAAUGUACUCAAUUUGUUCACAUCACAUAUCUUUACAAGAAUGAAUUUAUGACAAAUGCAUAUACUUAGUUUCUACCUUAAUCUAGCACAACUGAUAGGUUUCCCUGAGUUAGGGCUUUAUACUUCAUGCAGUAUACAAGGAUGUAUAAGCAGGCUGCAGGUCCUCUGGUUACAGAAAUGAUCUAUCUUUUUUAUCAAAUUCGGAUGGCACUAUAUUUCUGUCAAUUAUAUAUUGGUUCAGUGUCACCUUGAGUUUGAGUUAAUUAGUUGAAUUAUCUGUUAUCCUCACUGAAAGCUAUUCACAUACAAGUCACACAGGUCUAGAGGAAGACUAAUAUAAGUAUCACAUUAAUGCAAGAGAUAUAUCUCGCAAAAAAAAUUAAUGCAAGAGAUAUACCUGUAUCGCAUGUAUAUGAGAAUGAUUAGAAAAGAAAAAGGUGCCUGUGAGCAGAGUUGUCAAAACAUAAAGCAUGUGUAUCAUGAUAGUGAAUAUAAAUUUAUAAUUAGCUAGUCUAGAAUCAUUAUAUCUGAAAUUCUGAAUAGCAUAUAUCCCUUUGAAACAUUGACUAUAAGUAUGUAUGACAAGCCAACUGGUUGGUACAAAGUAUUCUCUGGAUGUAUGGCCAACUUACAAUUAAUUAAUAUAUUGUCAAACUAAACAGAAAAUUUAAACUAGCAGUAUGCAUGUACACUGGUGUGUUCAAAUAGUACACCUAGAAAGUCUACAACAGAAUAAUCAUGGGCUAGUGACACUUGAUCAAGCGGUUUCAUUAAAUGCUUCAUGUGCCUUAUUACCUGUCUCUCCAUUUUGUUAAUUUACUGUAUGACCAUAUUGCUGUACUUAUAUUGCAGCACUUCAACUGACUUGAGUAGUGAGAUGUUCUAGAUAUGAAGUUCUUCCAUCUUGACCACCAGAUUUUCCUCUCACGAUGUCAAUAUGUUUAUAGGAGUGUGUACCUACUGCAGAGAUAUUGAUUUUUUUAAAAUAAGGUACAAUAAAAGGUCUUUACAAAGCAAAUAUAGCAGUAGAAAAGAAUAUAGCUUUUCGUAGUGUUCUUCUUUAAAAUGCUUUCCUCCUUGUACCCAUUAUUCCAUGUCCAGUUAUCCACAUGUAUAAUUAUGAAAGUCUGGGGAGCUUUUUAGCCUACAGAAGAAAAGUAACUCAUCUACCCUGUUCUUAAAUAACUGCAUGCGGCCUCAAAAGUUUCUUCCUUACUUACAAAUGAAGAAUCCCGGACCCUGUUCAUCAAGAAUCGGUAAUUACCUUCCUGUAGGAAAAGGCAUAUCUAGCAAUAGUGCAAUUUAUUAGGUUGAUCAAGCAAAGAAUUUACACAAAUUGGAAACCUUAUUUGUGAGACCUCUUGUACAUAACUUUCCUUCCUUGCUUAUAAGGCAGAGCUACUGCAUUUGUUGGCCAGAAUAAACACACUGACUCAUUUGCUCACACACUGGUCCACUAGAAGUAUAAGAAAGAUAGGAAAAAAUGUAUAUGAUCUGAGUAACAGCAAGUAAAGCUAACAGAAAGUAACUCAUUUGUGCACUCAACUAUUGAACACCUUGUAAUCUUGUACAUGAAGUCAGAAGAAUGUAGUGCGUGCCAUGUAUCUCAAGCAUCUGAAAGCAAACAUUGUUGAUUUUAAUUAGUCUUUCAGUGUAGUUGGUUAGCUAGCAUCAAUUCCUUUUGCCUAAAUUAGCGAAAAACUUUUCCAGUUUGUGGAACUUCUCAACAAUCAGCAGCCAAAAGUUUAUUAUCACUAGUGUUAAUUAGUUUCUUAGAGGGUCUGCUGUUAAAAGUCAAAUUGACACCUCUCUAUCCUCUAUCUUUUACAAACCAUGGAGAUGAAAACCAUAACAAUGAACACACAUUAUAGAGAAGGUAUUUGUGACCAAAGCUGUCAACUCAACUUGCAGAGAGUUUUGCAUGUAAAAUACAUUUUAAAUGGUCACUUAUACGUGAAAUUCUUUUGUGACACAAACCUAAGCUUAUAAUUACCUAAAUUGCUUUGAUAAUAUUUUCCUUGUACAGUAUGUUUUGAAUGGUGACCAAUACAUAAAAUUCUUUUUAUUUUGUGACGAUGCUAAUUUCAGUUUACCUUAUAGUUAUCCAUGUGGAAAUUAAUCAUGCUUCUUCUUGUCAUCAUCAUGUGUACAGAUUUUUGUAUGUAGUAACUACUGGUUCUCCAUCUAGCUAAAUUUGAUUAGUGUGAAAUAUUUGAUCCAUCUAUAUAUAUACUCUAGCUAGAUUUAGACUUGAAAGCUAGGCUCCCAUGUAGAAUAUCACAAAGUAAAGAUGGCAGAAAAUAAGCCUUUGACUCACUAAGAUUGCAUGGUGUGUACAUGAGCAACAACCAUACAUGUACUAAUAUAUCCAUAAGUUUUGCAGAAAAUAAGUUCUUGUUUAUAUAUUUAGGUAGUUGUUUCUACCUUAAAUGUGCAAAUAGUGGUGUCCAUUACGUUUAUGCCUACCUAACUAUAUGUAUACUGCAUUUCAAAAAACCAUAUGUAUACUGAACAAUUUCUUUUAUCUGAUGUGCUGAUGGUUUUAUACUCACUAAUUUUGGUGAGUAUAGUGACAGAGAUUGGAGAAAGAACAUGUUUUGUUUGUUUGGGACCUCAGGUAGUACACAAGCUGGUGUCUAUAACUCAAUACACAAAUUAUCUGCAUUUUACAAUUGUGGGUUUUAAUGCAAAAUUCUGGAGCUAUAGACAACCGUACUUUUUAUAUGCAUGUUCGAUAUCAUACAAGGUCAUUUGUAUAUUGAACAUCCAUAAUUUCAUACAAAGUCAUUCAUACCUGCAUAAGAAAGGAAUCCAUCCAUCAACUGAUGCGAUGUCUUGGAUUCAAGAUCUGGGCAUAGGAAUAAUAGAAAGAGUUGGUAUCUGCAUGCUAAGAUAAUCUUAAUUAUUAGGGGUUCUAGUUGGUAUUACUCUAUUAAUUGAGCAUAACACAGUUUUAUGAACUUGGAUAUUUCUCCCUCUAAAUGUCUACUUUCAGGUUUCCCCCGAACUAAGAAUUUGCAUAUAGUAGAUAGUACGUACUAGCUGGGAGUCAGUGAGUCAGUUGCCAUUAUUAUAUUUUCAGCAUUAAAUUUGGUUAGCUACAUGAAAUAUUUACAUUCUGAUACAGACUUUCUGGAGCUAGUUUUGUUAGAUCAUUGGUGACCUUUUCCAAGCCCGCUCAAAUUUAUUAAGAAUAUACUGUGGUCUUUGGUUUGAGGAAUGGGACGAAUGGUGAAUAUAGACCAUCUCUGAUCCUAACUCUAUUAUUGUUUUAGGAUUUGAGGGAUGUGAUGGGUUUGGUCCACCAUGAGCAUGAAGCCCAAGGCGAAACAAGGGAUUGACUCGUCCCACCAAAAUUUAGAAAUGAUCCCAUGAUACACAGCCAUGAUGAGCAGAGAGUUUAUCCACAAAAUUAAUCGAAUACUUCAUAAGUAUAGGUAGGUUCAUAAUUUAUAUUUUGCAUGGAAAAACCGAAAGGGAUUCUAGCUAGAGUUUAUUAAAACUGGAUAUUGAUCUUGACCCUCCUCUGGCCUUUGUCAGUUGUCAUAACAUUCGCCUAGAUAUGCCAGGAUAGGUUCUAUUCCUAUUACUUUCUCCAAAUAAGCCAUUUAACACAUAUAGAAAUGUGUGCCCCAGCAACAGCUAACAAAGAGUCCUAUAUAGCCAGCAUUGAAUUGGAAAAAAAUAAUACAGCACAUCAAGAUUGAUAUGAUCCUUUAAAAAAUUAUGGUGAGCAAAAACAUUAUUGACAUAUUUCAUCACAUAAUGGAGUGUACUUUACAGGAUUAGUACCUAGCUAAUUAGUGUAAGUGGAUGGAAUCAGGUGGAGAAUUAAUCAGAUUUCAUAGAAAAUGCAUGCCCGCACCAGGAGUACUCUUAAAUACACACGAUACUGCA